AUGGCGUGGCGCUGCUCCGGCCGUACAAAUGCCGAGCUCAUACAGAACCUCUUCAAUGCGGGCGUCAUCCAGACGCCUCGAGUGCGUGAGGCCAUGAAGUCGGUCGACCGCGCGCACUACUGUCCUCACUCCCCGCAUGCCGCGUACGAAGACUCUCCGCAACCGAUUGGAUUCUCUGCCACCAUUUCGGCGCCGCACAUGCACGCCGCCGCGUGUGAAUCGCUCCUGCCGUUCAUGCCCGAGAACAAGGGCGCGAAAGUGCUGGACAUAGGGUCCGGUAGUGGAUACCUGACGCACGUCAUGGCGAAUCUUGUCUGUGGGUCAGACGGCAAAGGUGACGGCAAGGUCGUGGGCAUCGACCACAUAAAGGGACUGGUAGACAUGUCGAGGGAAAAUAUGCAACGGAGCCAAGAAGGCAGGCAGCUUCUCGAGUCGGGCAAAGUCGAGCUCAUCACCGGCGACGGCCGCAAGGGGUACCCGGAAGGCGGUCCCUACGACGCCAUCCACGUCGGUGCCGCCGCGGCUGAAAUGCACCAGACGCUCAUUGACCAGCUAAACAAGCCAGGACGGAUGUUCAUUCCCGUGGAAGACGUGGACGGUUGGGGAGCGCAGUGGAUCUGGGUGGUGGACAAGGACAAGGACGGCAAGGUCACCAAGAGAAAAGACAUGGGUGUCAGAUACGUGCCCUUGACGGACGCCCCAGCUUGA